GGACGAGGAAGCAGGCGGACGAGUUGUGCUUACGGUGUGCAAAUUGGGGCGGAAUUUCGAGAUUUUGACAUAAAAUUGGCGAUUUACGACUGGAGGAUCCAUACGGCAUAUAUCGCGGCGCAGCCAUGGACCCGCUGCCGCACUGGUCCGACACGGAGCCAGAGCUGGACGCCACCCAGCUGCAGGAGCACGCCGAGCUGGACAACAUCUCGCCCACGCUCAUCGCCUCCAGCAUCUCUGACCUGCACGCCAGCUACCUGCUCAACGACCUGAACUCUGACUUCGUGCUGGGCGACUGCGAGCGGACCACGCUGGCGCUGGACUACGUGCCGCCGGCCGCCGAGCCGCCGCACUCGCACGGCCCGUACCCGUGCACCUUCUCGGCCGACACGUGCCCGCUGAACCCGUUCAGCGACGACCCGCUGUUUGGUGAGGACCACCUGCUGAUGACGCCCGAGACGGCGGUGACGCUGCGCUCGGCCUCGUCUCGCUCGCGCGUCACCUCGCCCGACACGCCGAGCCGCCCGGUCGGCCGCCGCCCUCAGCACACCAAGCCCAGCCUCUCGUACGUCAACCUCAUCACGCUGGCGCUGCUAAACAGCGAGACGGGCAGCCUGCGUUGCAACGAGAUCUACGACUUUCUGCAGUGA